AUGGUAAGACAAGCUCAAAAGGAUUACACUUAUGACGAUAAACUUUUCUUAGUUGGAUUGGCAGUUAUUGCCGCUGUGAGCGCUGGCUCACCUUCUAGUGAAUACCUUCCUCCAGUUGAGGAUGUUAUUGGCAGCAACUUCUUGGAAGCUGAGCCAGCUCACUCAUUGGUUGAAGAUGGUUACCGUUACAGAACCGUUAAGAGGUUCCGUCAUCGUCGUGAUGUCAACGAAUUGCCAGCUUACGAAUACUUGCCCCCAGUUGAGAACUCCUUCAACCCAGUUCAGCAGCAAUUGAGCGCCCCAAUUCAAUUGGCUGCUCCAUCAAAUGAAUACAUUCCCCCACCAGCACCUGUGUUCCAGUCAGCUCCAGCACCAGUGCACCAUCAUCACCAUUCUGCUCCAGCACCAGUGUUCCACUCUGCUCCAGCUCCAGCACCAGUGUUCCACUCUGCUCCAGCUCCAGCACCAAUCUUCCAAUCAGCUCCAGCUCCAGUAUUCCAAUCUGCCCCAGCUCCAGCUCAUCAUCAUCACCAUGCCCCAGCACCAAUUCAAAUUUCUGCUCCUUCAAAUGAAUACAUUCCUCCACCAGCACCUGUGUUCCAGUCUGCUCCAGCUCCAGUUCACCACCACCACGCACCAGCCCCAGUGCAUCAUCAUCAUGCCCCAGCUCCAGUGCAACACUACCACGCUCCAGCCCCAGCUCCAGUCCAGCACAUCCAUGCUCCAGCUCCAGCUCCAGUGCAACACUACCAUGCUCCAGCUCCUGCACCAGUCCAUCAUCACCAUGCUGCCCCAGCCCCAGCUCCAGUUCACCACCAUCACCAUGCUCCAGCUCCAAUUCAAAUUUCCGCUCCAUCCAAUGAAUACAUUCCCCCACCAGCACCUGUCUUCCAGUCAGCUCCAGCUCCAGUGCACCAUCAUCACCAUUCUGCUCCAGCUCCAUCUCCAGUGCAGCACUACCAUGCCCCAGCUCCAGCUCCAGUGCAACACCACCAUCACCAUUCUGCCCCAGCUCCAGCUCCAGUGCAACACUACCACGCUCCAGCUCCCGCUCCAGUCCACCAUCACCAUGCUGCCCCAGCUCCAGCUCCAAUCCAGUUUGCUGCCCCUUCAAACGAAUACAUUCCCCCACCAGCACCAGUCUUCCACUCUGCUCCAGCUCCAGUGCACCACCAUCACCAUGCCCCAGCUCCAGCACCAGUUUACCACCCUGCCCCAGCUCCAGCACCAGUCCAACACUACCAUGCUCCAGCACCUGCUCCAGUUCACCAUCAUCACCAUGCUGCUCCAGCUCCAAACCAACAAAGCUUUGAAGUAGCACCAGCACACAGUCUGCAGGCCGAUGGCUACCACUACAAGAAGAAAUUCUUCAUUGUUGGAUUUGGAUUACUCGCUGUUGCAGCUUGUGUAGUUGCUCAGUACCCUUCUCAGGAAUACCUUCCACCAGUACAGGAAAUCGGAAUACCAUCGAACGAAUACUUGGCUCCAAUUGCUCCAGCUGCCCCUAUCGCUGAGUACUCUUCCGGAGUUCUUGCUGAUGAUGGUUAUCGUUACAAGACUGUAAAACGCUUCCGCUCAAGGCAUCGUCGUGAUGUUAGCGAACUUUCAAACGAAUACUUGCCUCCCUUCCAACAACAAGUUUCUAUUCCUCAAGAAUCUUACGCACCAAUUCAAAGCUAUGCUGCCCCAUCAAUUCAAAGCUAUGCUGCCCCAUCAAACGAAUACUUGGCUCCAAUUGCCCCAGCUGCUCCAGUCGCCCAGUACUAUUCCGGAGUCCUUGCCGAUGAUGGAUACCGUUACAAGACUGUAAAACGCUACAGGACUGCCAAGCGUUUCCGUUCAAGGCAUCGUCGUGAUGUCAACGAACUUCCAUCAAACGAAUACUUGCCUCCUUUCCAACAACAAGUGUCUAUUCCUCAAGAAGCUUAUGCACCAAUUCAAAGCUAUGCUGCCCCAUCAAUUCAAAGCUAUGCUGCCCCAUCAAACGAAUACUUGGCUCCAAUUGCCCCAGCUGCUCCAGUCGCUCAAUACUCUUCCGGAGUUCUUGCCGAUGAUGGAUACCGUUACAAGACCGUGAAACGUUACAGGACUGCCAAGCGUUUCCGUUCAAGGCAUCGUCGUGAUGUAAGCGAACUUUCAAACGAAUACUUGCCUCCCUUCCAGCAACAAGUGUCUAUUCCUCAAGAAUCUUAUGCACCAAUUCAAAGCUAUGCUGCCCCAUCAAUUCAAAACUAUGCUGCCCCAUCAAACGAAUACUUGGCUCCAUUCGCCCCAGCUGCUCCAGUCGCUCAAUACUCUUCCGGAGUUCUUGCCGAUGAUGGAUACCGUUACAAGACCGUGAAACGUUACAGGACUGCCAAGCGUUUCCGUUCAAGGCAUCGUCGUGAUGUAAGCGAACUUUCAAACGAAUACUUGCCUCCCUUCCAGCAACAAGUGUCUAUCCCUCAAGAAUCUUACGCACCAAUUCAAAGCUAUGCUGCUCCAUCAAACGAAUACUUGGCUCCAAUUGCUCCAGCUGCCCCAAUUGCCCAGUACUCUUCCGGAGUUCUUGCUGAUGAUGGAUACCGUUACAAGACUGUAAAACGCUACAGGACUGCCAGGCGUUAUCGCUCCAGACAUUAA